AGCAGCUGUUGGGACUGCCAACCUCCAAUUGGAUGCGCAUCGAGGUUUGAGGGAACAUGCGACAAUUACCUUCCUCAAACACCACAGUCAAUCAAUCCCGCUGACAGCCGAGGGAUUGCCCACCAUGCCGCCGCAUCUGCACCCACGGUCACGCAUGACCUCGUCACUCUUCGCUACGACAGUUCUUGCCAGCUUCUUUGUUGUUGCCCUGCCGCAUUUACUGCCGUGCCCGGUCCCGCGAACCAAGUACGCUGAUGGAGAGAUUAUUGUCGACGAGAACGGCAGACGGAAGAGAUGGAGGAGGAGGGACGUCGAUGCAAAGGACGGACUCGUACAGUUCAACCAGACUACAGAAGACGAGAUUGAGCGUGCAACGGAGCGAAUGACGAGAGAAUGUCCCGUACCGAAGCCUGGAGGGAUGCUGGGAGAGUGGCUUGGAUUCCACGCCACGGACGACAAGACGAGAGCAAACAGAUGACCAUUGAUACCACCAAAUGAAGAAUAAAAAGAAGCAAAAAGAGUAAAAAAAUGCG